GUGAAAAGAAUUUUGCCAGCAUACUUGGCUCCUUGGAGGGCUCCUCCAUGUGCCUUUAGGUCCUCCAAACCGGAACUUAUGCCAAAUCUAGUCAGUGAUGGAGUUGUCUGUGCCCCGCUUCAAACAUACACUGAGGAGGAGACAAUGCUGAAAAAUAUGGUGGCAAAAUUUGCUCAGGAACGAGUUGCACCGUUGGUGCAAAAAAUGGAUGAGAAUUCAGAAAUGGAAGACUCUAUAAUACAGGGAUUGUUUGAACAAGGGCUGAUGAGUAUUGACCUUGGACAAGAAUAUGGAGGAACUGGAGCUUCAUUUUUUUCAGUCAUAUUGGUGGUAGAAGAACUGGCUAAAGUUGAUCCAGCUGUAUCUCUUCUCUGUGAACUCCAAAAUACACUAACAAAUAGGUUAUUUUCCACAUAUGGAACAGAAGAACAAAAGAGAACUUACUUGCCCAGAGUGGCAAAAGAUACAAUAGGCAGUUUCUGUCUCACAGAAGCUGGAUCUGGCAGUGAUGCUUUUUCUUUGAAGACUCGGGCUGAGAAGAAGGGAGACUACUAUAUUAUCAAUGGCUCAAAGAUGUGGAUUAGCUUGGCAGAACAUGCAGGAGUUUUCUUUGUGAUGGCAAAUGCAGAUCCAUCCUUAGGAUACAAGGGAAUUACAUGCUUCAUAGUAGAUCGCAACACAGAAGGACUGCAUGUAGGAAAGAAGGAGGACAAGCUUGGAAUCAGAGCAUCUUCUACCUGCCCAGUAACAUUUGAAAAUGUUAAGGUUCCUGAGACCAAUAUCCUGGGACAGGUUGGACAAGGCUAUAAGUAUGCAAUUGGAUUGCUAAAUACUGGCAGAAUAGGUAUUGCUGCACAGAUGUUAGGACUGGCACAGGGGUGUUUUGACCAUACAAUUCCCUACACAAAGGAGAGAGUCCAAUUUGGAAAAAGUGUAUUUGAUUUCCAGGGGAUGCAGCACCAGAUAGCCCAGGUGGCCACGCAGCUGGAGGCAGCCAGGUUGCUGACCUACAACGCGGCCCGUCUGGCCGAAGCAGGAAGGCCGUUCAUCAAGGAGGCCAGCAUGGCCAAGUACUAUGCUGCUGAGGUUGCAACACUGACAACCAGUAAAUGUAUUGAAUGGAUGGGUGGUGUUGGAUUCACAAAAAAUUAUCCAAUAGAAAAGUACUAUCGUGACUGCAAGAUAGGUACAAUAUAUGAAGGAACUACAAAUAUCCAGCUGAGCACCAUUGCAAAAAGCAUAGCACGGGAGUACUGAAACCAUAAGGACUUCUCUACUGUUACCAGAAGUGAUUCCACUGAACACUCAUUGUGAAUUACAUGUUUAUUUGUAAUUAUGAAAAUGAGAAAUAAGAAUACAUCGUCACAGACAAAAUUGUAAGGAAAACCAUGAAUUCCCCAUUUCAGGACAGUGUGUAAUUCAUGAGAAAUCAUGAAGUGCACAUUCAAAUCCAAGUCAUGGGUUAAAAAUCUCACUGCCUGAGACACUCCUAAGCUAAUACAUGGGCUGAAAUUAUUUUAUUGCCUUUGGUUAUGUGAACAGUGCAUCUCCACUUCCAAAGGGGAAACAAAAGAAGUCACAUCCUUGGCUUGCCUGGUGCAGAAGGUCAUGUUGCAUGGCAUGAAGCUGCUGUUUGUUCCUGCUGCCCUUUAUUAGCAUGGGGUACAGGAGAGGGAUGAGGAAGGAGAUGGAAGUGAUGGGUUCUUCUCUCCCAGGUGGAGCGAUGUCUGUGGAGCUGCUGUAAUUGGAGUAAUUUUUAUAGCAGCCCUUAGUGUGUUCUUAAGUAUACCUUGGUAAUUAAGCCCUUCCAGCCCCAGUUUUUAGUACUGAAAGGUGGCUAAUGUCUACCUCCCUUUCCAGCCUUUUCAGCUGUUAAGGGUUUAAUCUAAGAGCCUAUUUAUAGUUCUCCUUUCAUAAAAGGUUGAGUUGAAAUCUUUGUGAAAUUGGGUUAAAAAAGCUCUUGUAGUUCUGCAGAAAGACAGAGAAAGAAGCUAGGAAAUAGGAAUGCUGUGAUGCUACCUCACAGUGGCCUUUCCACAUUCAAUGCAUUCUACAAACUUUAAUUCUCAGAGCCUUCCUGGAUGGUAGGGAGGGACUGUUAACUUGCACCUUAGAAAACUUUCUCCCUAGUUAGUGGUUCUCUACAAAAAGAGCAGAGCUUUUCUCCUUUUGAGAGAGAAACUGGGGAGGGCUGAGAAGUAUUUACUUUUUUUCCCUCUCUCUGUUUACUUUAAAAUUAGAUGUUUUGUUUACUGUGGAAACCUCUUCAAUGCUGGAGAACUAAUUAACUAAGAAUCAAGAGACAGCUUAAUAUAUGAAAAAUUAUUAUAAUUGCUGUAAUUGGCAAUUUGUUUCAAGUGUUUUGGGGAGGGAAGGAAUGGUUUUGGCUGACUUAGAAGAAUCUCCUUGUUAAAGCUUGCUAGACUCUGAUGAUUCACUUUAAGUGGAGCUUAGAAUGUUACAGUCAGAGACUCGUAAAGGUUUUUUUUUUCUUAGCAAAAUUAGGAUAAAUGACACUUGACAAGUUUGAUUUUGUAAACCAAGCAGACAGGAGUGCCUUAUACAAAGAAACAAGCAAGAAGGAAAAGCACCAUUAACAAAUUUUCUGACUUAAUGUCAGCUUCAAAGGGAAGUAACUACUUUAGUGAACCGUGCACUUUACCUGUUGAUCAGUGAAGAAUUCAUGUGCUAAUUAUCCCUAUGCCAAUUAAAAAGCCACUCCCAUAUCAGUUUGAUCAACAGCUUUGAGAUUUUAAAAAAUACAAGGGUAGGAGGUUAGACUAGAUUAUUUCUGAAGUUUUCUUCUAUUCUUAUUGUUGUUAUUGCUAUUAUUACUAUUACUAUUGCUAUUAUUAUUACUACUACCACCACUGCAAAAAACCUGAAAUGUAGUUGGAGGCUUUCUUUCAGCUGAAUUAAAAGGGCUGGGGAGAUUGUUAGACUAGAAUUAAGACUACAAAAAUUAACUACAGUUACUCUGCUCAGCACAGUUGAUCUGUGAGUCUGAAAAGAUCAUAAGUGGACUGCAAAAUGUUGGAGUUAACCUCAUCAGCUACUCAGCAGUUCUUCUCAGAAAAGCAAGGUCAAACUUUAACUAAUGUUACAGCUGCACGUCUCUGUUUUAUAUGCUGUGUUUUGUACACAAUAACUUUUGAAAGAAAUGUAUGUGUUGUAUUUGAUUUUCGUCCACAAAAGGUGUUGGAGGAACAUGUGCACAAAUGAAUUACGACCACUGAGUUUCUUUUGUUGUUAUUUUCAGAGGGCACACACCUCUGUGGAGAGCAUUAGCUAUUCUCUGCCUCCAGGAGCUUGUUUCACCCCCUUAAGUCUGAUUCCAUUGCUGCAUUAAGGCAGAUGUUGGCUUAAUAAUAAAAUGACUGUGCUGUUGUCCAGGCUCUGUUAAGAGCUGCGUGUGUUCCCAUCACCCCAUUCCAUUUGGGACAAGCAUUUAUGGAUGGUCAUGAGCAGCAUUUCUACAUUUGACACUGUGGGUGCAGGACUGUUGGUGAUGGCUGGCUGCACCACAAGGUGUAGGGCUGCAGAGCUGGUGCUGUGAACACUGUGAGGCUUUCUGAAGUGACACCAGGACUCAAGCUGCUUUAUACACUGAAAGUAUUUGUAUUAGUGAGUUUUCCCUUCCUAUGGCCUCAGUCAGCCCAGUCAAUCCCCUCGAUUGCCCUGGAACAGCAUCUUUAGUAUCAAAUGUUGCAUCUGAGCUUCCCUGGUUGGAGGGAAAGACCUGAAUUGAGAAUGUAUUAAAAAGUGCCUCAAUUUGAUAUUUGACUUGAUAACAAUGCUAAUCCUGUAUAUCAGGGGAUGGUUCUCUAAUAUUCUGUCAUUUAAAAUUUUCUCCAGAUCUUGCAGUUUUUGUACUGAGAGAUAAUGACUCAUCUGUCAGGUUUCUUUAGUAGUAUCCUGAUUUGUGAUAGAGGUCUGAGGCAGAUUCCCACAGAAAGGUCUAAUGGCUACUUGGGAGAUACUCAAAUAUAACAUUUUAUAUGUUGUUUUCUA